AAAAUAAGAAGCAAAAUGAAACCCUUCCAGAGUGCUUGUCUUUUCAAGAACCUGCUUGUUAAUUGCCACUGUCAAAGUCAGCUUCACAGCUUUCUUCUCCCUCCUGUUGGAAAGAAGACAGGUUAUGUGGUGGGACUGCACAGCUGUGGAUUUUGGAGGCCAAAAUCUUUAUUGGACACUGCAAGACUCACUCCUCUUAUUAACAGCCGGCACAGGAAAAACCAUCGGGAUUCUCGAGCGCUGUGGAAGCAUGAGGCUGUGCAGAAGUAUCUGGAGACUCUAAGCAAGGAAUAUCAGCAAGUUAGUCGUCUGUUAAAUGCCGACUCAGCAAAUGACUUUGAGCAAAGAACGCUGAGGAGAAGAUGUGCCGAUCUAUCCCCCAUUGCAGCUGCAUUUCGAGAAGUCAAAGAGGCUGAAAGAGAAGUUCAGGAGUUGGAAGCUAUGUGCAGAGAGCUAGACAGCAGAGAUGAGAAACAACUUCUAGAGCUUGCCUUAGAAGAGAAGGAAACCCUGGAUAAAAAAACCAACAUGCUGUGCAGAAAGCUUUUCCAGCUUCUAGUGCCAAAGGAAAAAUAUGAUAGAAGUCCUGUCAUAUUAGAAGUGACAGCUGGCAGAACAACUGGAGGAGACAUCUGCCAACAGUUCACUAAAGAAAUGUUUGAGAUGUACCGGAACUAUGCAGACUAUAAGCGCUGGACCUUUGACGUCAUGAACUAUGUGCCAGCUGAGAUAGGUGGGUUGCAUCAUGCUGCUGCUCAUAUUUCGGGAGAUGAUGUCUACAGGCAUCUGAAAUAUGAAGGAGGGACGCAUCGAGUCCAGCGAAUCCCUGAGACGGGAUUGUCCUCGAGAAUGCAGCGGAUUCACACAGGGACGAUGUCAGUUAUUGUCCUCCCUCAGCCAGAGGAGGUCGAUGUUAAAGUGGAUCCCAAAGAUUUGCGUGUAGAUACAUUCAGGGCAAAAGGAGCAGGAGGGCAACACGUGAACAAAACUGAUAGCGCUGUGAGGAUUGUGCACCUUCCCACGGGACUGACGGUCGAAUGCCAGCAGGAGCGAUCCCAGCAGCUGAACAAGGAAGUAGCUCUGCGGACACUGCGAGCGAAGCUGUACCAACAGAUCGUUGAAAAGCAACUAAGUCAAGAGCAGAGUGCCCGAAAACUGCAGUUGGGAACAAGAGCCCAGUCAGAGAGGAUUCGUACUUAUAACUUCACCCAGGACAGAGUCACUGACCACAGGAUCUCGUACGAUGCGCGCAAUAUCAAGGAAAUUCUGAGCGGGAAAGAAGCGCUGGAUAAACUCAUCAACAGGCUGCUGGAGUUUGCGGAGAUAGAGGCCGUCACCGAAUAUCUAGAAAAUUUGCAGGCUUUAGAAGGAGGAGGCUGCUGAAGACCUUGUGUGGUGUUGAAUCAGAAGUGUUGCAUCGGUAACAAAAUAAAAAAGAUCCGUUUGGUAGAUGAUAGGUUGAUUAAAAUCUAUGCCUCUGUUCUUCA